AUGCACCAAAGUCUCCUCAAGGAUGGGCGCAGGGAAGCUGCGGUAGAGAGGCCAUGUGCAGGUCGGGCACAGCAGCUUCUCGUUCGAGUCAUGGGCUGCUUGCCUCCUUCAGCAGCCACAGCAGCCGCUGCUGCACAGCACCCGUCCCCAUUCUUCGUUUGCUAUCCGUGCAGUUGGGACCUUCAUUGGGUGGGCCGCCUGGCCAAAGAAAGCACACCGGCCGGAGCAACGGUUUCCAGCAAUCCCGCACGCUGCGCAGGCACGGCACGCAACCCAGCCUUCGUCACAGGGCUCUGGGAGGACCUCUCGCAGCCCCUGCAUCUUGACCUCGCCUGGAGAGGCCGUGGCCCAAGCCCUGCGUUGCCCCGCUUGCCAGGUGUCCGACUCUGCCCUCUAACUGAGGGCCCCCGUGAAAUUAUCCAAGAGUCUUGCGUAGGUUCUUGCUUGGGCGUGUGA